GAUGGCGACAAGACGACCAAGAAAAAGGCAGCAUUUWSAAGAUUCUGGAAACUCUGGAAACACUAAUACAGAUGAAAACAAAGUUGAUGAAGAYUCCCCGGUUAUUGCAUCUUUCAGAGAAAUCCAAAAGGAGCUGGACAGUCGCUACGAUAAGAACGAACGCAUAGUAAAAUCCAGUAGAGAUUUGACGAUUCAYAGCAARCGMAUWAUAUUUUGGUUAAAUAGAGUCCCAGGUGCCGAGAACAAGGACAUUUUACUAAAAGAAGGCGAAAAGAAGCUUCUYGAAGUUAAGCAGUUCAUWAARGCAAUAGCUUCGGAGUUGAUYAACGAAGAUCCAUACAGAUUCGCYMGGGCAUUCUCGCCUGGUGUCCAAGAGUACGUCGAAGCUUUGUCAUUUUAUCACUAUCUCAAAAACUCAUGUUUGAUUUCAUUGAAAGAAGUUCAAUCAGAGCUAGAAUUCACAGAUGAAGGAGAGAAUCUAUGCCUCAAGCUUAACCCUGUKGACUUUGUKCUUGGWAUUGCWGAUUUAACUGGAGAACUUAUGCGCCUUGGUAUAAACACAGCAGCGCGYGGUGAUACGGUCACUCCUUUUGCUGUUUGCAAGUUUUURCGUGAGGUUCAUGAYARUUUAAUKGCAUUKGGCAAYGUAAAUCGAGAYUUGAUAUCCAAGAUGAGAACUCUCAAUGCAAGUUUACGCAAAGUUGAAAGGGCUUGUUAUACUUUAGAGGUCAGAGGGUCCGAAAUACCAAAGCACAGGCUUGCUGACUUGUUAAUGCAGUCAAACGCGGAUGAUUCCAAUGAUUAUUGAUGUUAUAAAUAAAAUAUAACUUUCAUUGUUUAUCGCGGAAAGUGACUUAAACGAAAAGCGUGCUUCUACAGGCUGGCCCGGCUAGUAGUGCACUCUUUCGUUCCAUCCGCACCCCUGCAACAGGUACAUCCGAACUCGGGCCGCUCGGUCUCGGCUUGAAUGUUCAGAGAUUGCAUAACGUUCAAGGUGCUGAGAAGCGUGAAUUACAGUUAACCCUCAUCCUCUUUUUAGUUAGAACUUAUUUUUAUUUUCUGAUUUGUCAUCAAACUCGAUUUGUCAUGAGAAAGUCGGUUAAGGCAACUAACGAUACAUGCCAGCUAGAUUGUAGGACCUUGUAGUGUAAGUGGCGUAACGAGCACAGGGAGCCUAUAUGCAUGUAUAUGCAGUAAAACCCAUUCAUAAUUAAUAAACCAU